UGCGCAACUCUCGAACCAUGCACUUAACCUUGUGACUGUGCCAACCGCUGACCAAUACUUGGGGAUUGUCUGUCUUUUUGAGUCGCUUGACUACUCCACUGCGCCACCUCGUGUGCCUUACCUACGAGCGCUUAUCGUCGCCCACCAUAGUCCGGUAGCCUGGUUCCGUCAUCAGGCGGAACAGGCUCAAACUACACCACGACGCCGCCCACCGUCCACAAGCGGAAGGCCUCUGAGGCAGACAUCACACUCAGCCCUUCCGACGAGCCUCGCAAAAAGGCGCACAAGUCCCCCGAGCCACCUACCAUCGACAACCUGCCGGCCACGCCUGUGACAAACGCCUCCGGAACUAUGGACUCCGAGGACGACUUCAACAGCUCCAUGAGCGGGGAGGACUUUGAGGACCGGGAUAGCGACCUGGAGAUAGAAGAUGACUCUGACUUCGACAUGGACCAGGAUGACGUUGGUUUUGAGACGCAGGACAAGGACAUCAAGCCUACAAAACAGGCUCACGAGGUCGACUUUGAGGUCUUCGAUCCCGAGCGGAUUCAAAAACAACAGCAAGUGAAGAUCGACGAGGUCUCGAGCAUACUAGCUCUGUCUCCGGAAGUUGCAGCAAUCCUCCUUCGAUACAUGCGCUGGAACAAGGAACGACUAGUCGACCGGAUGAUGGAGCAGCGGGAAGAUACCCUGGAGAGCGCAGGCCUCGGGCAGGAUGCGCAAACCAACCCACCGAAACUGCAGAAGAUCAGUGGCUUCUGCUGUGACAUCUGCUGCGACGACAGCCCAGACAUUGACACCUUCGCGAUGAAGUGCGGACAUCGCUUUUGCGCAGGGUGCUACAGGCAGUAUCUUGCGACCAAGAUCCAGGACGAGGGCGAGGCCGCUCGGAUAAGAUGCCCAGGUGAGGGCUGUACGCGGAUCGUUGACUCAAAAUCCCUGGACCUUCUAGUCGCGGCAGACCUUCAGGACAGAUACCACACACUCCUCACACGAACGUACGUCGACGACAAAGAUAACCUGAAAUGGUGCCCCGCUCCGGACUGCAAAUACGCUGUACAAUGUGGUGUCAAGAGCAAGGAUCUCAAUAAGAUUGUGCCGACUGUUCACUGCGAGUGCAAACACAUGUUCUGCUUCGGAUGCACUUUAGCCGAUCAUCAGCCGGCACCGUGUUCGUUGGUGAAGAAAUGGCUAAAGAAGUGCGAGGACGACAGCGAGACAGCGAACUGGAUAUCAGCCAACACGAAGGAAUGCCCGAGAUGCGUUUCGACAAUCGAGAAGAACGGAGGUUGCAACCACAUGACAUGCAGGAAGUGUCGACACGAGUUUUGCUGGAUGUGUAUGGGCGUCUGGUCGGAGCACGGCACCAGCUGGUACAACUGCAAUCGUUUUGAGGAGAAGAGCGGCGCGGAUGCCAGAGACGCCCAAGCCAAGAGCAGGCAGUCGCUGGAGCGAUACCUCCAUUACUAUAACCGUUACGCAAACCAUGAACAGUCUGCGAAGCUCGACAGGGACAUAUAUCUCAAGACCGAGAAGAAGAUGCAGCAGUUGCAGAACACGACGGGCAUGUCCUGGAUUGAGGUCCAGUUUCUCGAUCAAGCGUCGCAGGCGCUUCAGCAAUGUCGUCAAGUCUUGAAAUGGACGUACGCCUUCGCGUACUACUUGGCUAGGAACAACCUUACAGAGAUUUUCGAAGAUAACCAGAAGGAUCUUGAGAUGGCCGUCGAGAACCUCAGUGAGAUGUUCGAGAAGCCCAUCGACCAGCUGCAAGGACUCAAGGUAGAGAUGAUGGACAAGACCAGCUACUGCACGAAGAGGCGGAUCAUUUUGUUGAACGACACGGCGGAGAACCUCAAGCAAGGCAACUGGGAAUUCAUUGUGUCUCUCACAUGAGCUCGCCCAACACUUGCACACGUGCGGAUGUCAUUCCGUCUCUGGUAUGCCUCCGCCGCACCAAGAUACCGAGAGCCUACAUGCUCGUCGGUGGUGGCGUGCAGGGUUCCUUAACACAUACAUUGCAUUUUCGGCAGGGGUACAGAAAGGCAUAGUACCAGGCGUUGUACUGGCGUCCAUAUUAGCGAAUAGGCAUUUCUAAGGUCAGGACAGAAUCGAAACAAACACUCUAGCUCACGGGUUUCGAACACAUUGCGAGGAUGCGCGAGUAACACCCGUAACGCUUUGAAUCUAUAGCUCGUAAAGAUUCGUAUUCGUCAAUCACUGUCCGCACCCAAAACUUUCGAUUGAGCUGUUAUCGGUGUACCUGCGGUAUUAGCCGUGUUGGUCGCAGACAUCAAGCCACUUCUUUUCUCCAAACC